AUGAAUCGGUAUGAAGGUGACGUGAAUCAGUUUAAAGGCGACGUGAAUCAGUAUGAAGGUGACUUGGACCAGUAUGAAGGUGAACAGUAUAAAGGUGAACAGUAUGAAAGCGACAUGAAUCAGUAUGGAUGUGACGUGAAUCAGUAUGAAGGUGACGUGAAUCAGUUUAAAGGCGACGUGAAUCAGUAUGAAGGUGACUUGGACCAGUAUGAAGGUGAGCAGUAUAAAGGUGAACAGUAUGAAAGCGACAUGAAUCAGUAUGAAUGUGACGUGAAUCAGUAUGAAGGUGACGUGGAUCAGUACGGAGGUGACUUGGAACUGUAUGAAGGUGACGUGGAUCAGUAUGAAGGUGACGUGGACAAGUUUAAAGGUGGCGUGUAUCAGUAUGGAGGUGACGUGAAACAGUAUGAAGGUGACAUGGAUCAGUGUGAAGAAAGGGAAGUGAAUCAGUAUGGAGGUGACGUGGACCAGUAUCAAGGUGACGUGGAUCAGUAUGUAGGUGACGUGGAACAGCAUGAAGGUGACAUGGAUCAGUAUGAAGGUGACGUGGAUCGGUAUGAAAUUGACGUGAAUCAGUAUAAAGAUGGCGUGAAUCAGUAUAAAGGUGACGUGAUUCAGUAUGAAGGUGACGUGGAACUGUAUGAAGGUGACAUGAAUCAGUAUGAAGGUGACGUGAAUCAGUUUAAAGGUGAUGUGAAUCAGUAUGAAGGUGACGUGAAUCAGUAUGAAGAUGACGUGGAACUGUAUGAAGGUGACGUGAAUAAGUUUAAAUGCGACGUGAAUCAGUAUGAAAGUGACGUGAAUCAGUAUGAAGGUGACGUGAAUCAGUAUGAAGGUGACGUGGACCUGUAUGAAAGUGACGUGAAUAAGUUUAAAUGUGACAUGAAUAAGUAUGAAGGUGACGUGAAUCAGAAUGAAGGUGACGUGAAUCAGUAUGGAGUUGACGUGGACCAGUAUUAA